UUUCCAACGCCAUGUCAGUGCAAGGAGACAGCGAGAGAUUCCGAUCGGUAUUUGCAGCUUGUGAUGUCGGCCGGAAAGGAUAUCUGAGUAGAGAAGACUUCAAGGUUGCCGUCGUCAUGUUGUUCGGCUAUAAACCCUCCAAGCUGGAAGUUGAUUCCAUGUUAUCAUCCAAGUCUGGGGGCAUCCGGGAAGAGGAAUUUGUGAAGAUGAUGUCUGUGAAAAGGAGCGCUCAGCUAAACUUCGGAGAGCAGAGGCAGAUCUUCUCCGCCUUUGAUACCUACUGGAAGUGGAUCGGGACUCCGAUGGUUUAGUGUCCUACAAAGACUUUGAAUUUGCAAUGGACUACGGCGGGCCAGAGGACUAGACUGACUGCAUACUAACCCAACAUUGGUAUACGGGGCGGGGAUGG